CUGUCACCCCACUUGUUUUUGGCUUACAUAUAUAUAUGCAAUCAUUUGUAAAUCAAAUCCACGACAUGGAGGACUCACAAGGAAAACACGCCGGUUCCAAAGGAUUUCGGGCUUUGGAAAAUCUAAAACAGGACAUCGCCUACAACCACUAUUUGAAUUCGUUUGUCAAGCUGGAGGACAGGCGGUAUCUGCCCAACGAUAAUAUCAUACAUCAACUAGUCCCCCUGAGGGUAGCAGUGGGAACAAGCGUGAUGACGCCCACCCAGUUCAACGAGGAGCACUUCUCCCCACUGGGAACGUGCUUCUAUUUCAGCGAGCAUAAUGUCACCAAUGAUCCACUGACUAUGGCACUUCUCAAGCGCGAAAAGCUGAAUGCAACCAAAACGAUUUCAACCAUCGUAUUCGUGAGCACCCGAGAUUCCAAGGGCUUUAAUAUCUCCGGCUACAUCGAUUUGGAGCACAGUUUGCGCAGGUACAAGACCGCUGGAUCGAAGUCUCAUCCGUGGGCAGAUAUCUUCGCCGGUCGCCGCCGCCUAGAGCCCAAUCAUCAGGAUCUGAGCUUCAUCAAUUGGAGCAAUGGCAGGGUGUUCUCCAACGACUCGGAUAACUACAAGGUUAUUCCGGAUGCCGUCAAGGGUUUGUGCUUCGCGCACAAGGGCGAUGGUUCGAUGCUCAGCAUAGAGAAGUAUAUAACCGAAGAGCAUCCGUUGUGCAAAUUUAUAGAAUCACCGAAACACGGAUCCACUGUCGUCUACGAUCAUUAUAUACGGCGAAAGAUGUGAUUGCUGCCAGUUCACAU